AUGCCACGUGCUCCUAUAUCAGAGCCUGCAGAGGCUAGAAAGCCGAAGCGUGGCAAGUACGCAAAGCUGCAGGAUAUCCAGUAUCUCGCCGCCGUCAUCAGAGACCAGGAGCUGGAUCUGCAGAGUCCAUCGAGUCGACCGACAUUCUGGUUCGAUGGGAAGGUGUAUCACUACAGCGAAGUGGCGCGGCGAAUCCGGAGAGCAAGAAAAUCGGGCAGACUUCCAAUCCAGGAGUCAAGUCACUCACUCGCACAGCCUGAAUGCCUCCAAGUGGUUCCCCCGUCAGUGUAUGAAGCGCAAUGGACCAUUCCUACCCGAUUUGCCGACUAUGCGGCGGAUGAUAGGCAUGAAUUCUCGUAUUCGGCCCCGUCAGAAGACUAUUCAGUCUUGAUUGAUCCCAUGAAAAAUGUAUCUCGAGCGUGCCACCAUCAGUUGGUGUCCUUGGAUAAUGGCGUGAAGAUCCGUGUCCCGCCGCCUUGUCCUGACGAGCUACUCGUACCCACAAAAUUCUGCGCCAGCAUCAUUAGAUACUUUCAAGGCGCCAACGAGAAUGGUCUCUUCGUCUUCAACCAUGUUGGGAGUCUGGUGAAUCGCACUUCGACAGGCGGUUACGCCAACAUAAGCGACUUCCACAAAUGUGCCGUCGUUGCCAUCGACCUUCUGGAACGAGGCUAUGCCAAUCAAGGUUUCGUGUUGGUCUCUCAGGCUUUGGUGCUCGUCGAGCAGAUUCUGAAGGAUCAAGAUCCGAAGCUUCUCGAUGUUCUCUGCGAUGUGUCUAUACUCCUCCUAAGCAAAGGUAUGGGAUCGCUGUACGACAUAUUAAAGGACAAGAUCUGCGGCAUGGUCAAGAUCAUUGCGGCCAAACAUGGCGGAGAACACCAACCAUGGGCACAAAUAUUUGCCUACAUAGACCAGAUGCCUAGAUCGCAGGUGGUAGACAACAUGCAGAGAGGCUGGAUCUGUGGAUUCGACCAACUCGAGAGCGCACUCCAAGAGCAACCAUGGGAAGGACUUAACAUUUCCUGCUCAGUCGAUCACUCGUUACGGAUGGGCCAGAAUGCGCAGCGUCUUUGGGAUGUCUUGGUGGAGCGAACAGCCCAACUUUCGGUCAGCGAGCCCGAGAAGAUGCGGCAGCGACUCGCAUAUGCCAAAGUUUCCUACUUACAAUGCGACUAUAGCAAAGCUUUGGAGACACUGCAAACCAUUCUCUCUCAGUGUCGAAAGGCAAGACAACAUGAUGACCUGAGGUGGCUUGCAAUUGAGAUUGAUGCCCUCGAAGUUUCGGCACGCUGCUAUUUCGCUCGCAGCAAACUGACUACGGAUCGCGACGAUGCUUCCACGGCUGAAGUCCUGCUCGAGACUGCUGUCGGAAGGAGUACUAGAACAGAAGGAAUCAAAUCCCCCACAACGAUAGCGCUGCAACACACUCUAUGGCUCUGGCUGAUGGAACAAGGCCGAGUUGAUGAAGCGGCAUUGUUGAGAAAGUCCAUGGACGAUGUUGUGGGUGGAUCUUUGUCUCCGGAUGAAUGA